UGCGCAGCGCUUGUCCGGCUGGAGUCGGGGAUCGAGUGUCGGCGCGGCCUGAGGCUGUCACUGACGCCGCGGGAGCGGAGCCGCACCGCUCUCCUCUCUCCGGUCAAUAAGCGCUCGUCCAAGCACAUGGAUAAUGGAGACCGGGGCCAGAAGAUGUCUGAUCCAGUCACUCUUAACGUAGGAGGACACAUGUAUUCAACAUCACUUUCAACUCUGACAAGAUAUCCAGACUCCAUGCUGGGAGCAAUGUUCCGGGGAGAUUUCCCCAGUGCCAGAGACGCCCAAGGAAACUACUUUAUCGACAGAGAUGGCCCUCUCUUCAGAUACAUCUUGAAUUUUUUAAGGACAGCUGAGCUGAUAUUGCCACUAGGCUUCAAAGAAAUUGAUCUUCUUAGAAAAGAGGCUGAUUUCUAUCAGAUAGAACCUCUGAUUCAGUGUUUGAACGACCCCAAGCCCCUCUAUCCAUUAGACACCUUUGAGGAAGUGGUGGAACUUUCCAGUACUCGCAAACUUUCCAAAUAUUCCAACCCAGUGGCCGUUAUCAUAACACAACUGACUAUUACCACAAAAGUGCACUCAUUGUUGGAAGGAAUCUCCAACCAUUUCACAAAGUGGAACAAACACAUGAUGGAUACCAGGGACUUCCAGGUAUCCUUCACAUUUGGACCAUGUGACUAUCACCAGGAGGUGUCCCUUCGUGUUCACCUGAUGGAGUAUAUUGCAAAGCAGGGAUUUACUAUUAGAAUGACAAGGGUGCAUCACAUGAGUGAGAGAGCAAACGAGAACACUGUAGAACACAAUUGGACCUUUUGUAGAUUGGCAUGGAAAACGGAAGACUGAACUGACCUUCUUUGCAGUGAUAAAUAAUGCAACUGAGAUGAACAGCAAAAACAUCGCACAAUAAUUUAGUUGAAGACUCCAGGUAACCAUGUACUAACACAAAUUCUACAGUUCCAUUAUAAGUUCUUGUGUAGUACACAAACUUAUUUCAAUGCAUACUGUAACCAAAUUAUACAGUUAAAUCUCGUGAACUUAUUGUGUAUUAGCUUUCUGGUGUAGCUUAAUUUUUUUAAGCAUUAAGAUUCCUGAUAGAUUUUAAGUUUUCCUUAAAUACAUAAAUUUAUGUAUCUUUUGCUGGUUUGUUUUCUCAGUGUACCUUAUCAAAUAAACACAAUAUCAAAAAU